AUUUUGUUUUGUGUUUUUUAACAGUUCGGACCAAUUUUCAACACUGUGAUGGAGAAUUAUCCUAUUACAGUUUUACCUUGAUUUAAAAUAGAAAAUAAGCUCCAAUCUGAUAACACAUUGUAUACACAAAGCUUGCAACAAUGGGGAAUAAAGACUCAGACGAGGCUGCAUCCUUAAAAUGGACUUUAUUUUCAACAAUUUUAUAUGGAUUUUGUUCGGGUUCAAUGAAUUUCUUGAACAAAUAUAUUUUAUCUUAUUGGUCUUUUCAUGAGCCUGGGAUAAUCAUGUUCUCACAAAUGGUCUUCUUAUCCUUUGGAUUAUUUGUAUUGAAGUCUGCUGGACGAAUAACACUUGUGGAUUAUACUCCAGAAAAAGCAAGAAUAUUUUUACCUCUGACGGUCAUUUAUUCUGUAAAUUCAAUAAUGUCUUUGUCGGCGUUAACGGGGAUGAACAUUCCAAUGUAUAAUGCAAUUAGAAGAUGUGUGCCAAUAGCCAGCCUUGUAUUAGGAUUUUGUAUGUUAAGAAAACAGAAAACAACAUUCAACAUUGUUAUAUCAAUUUUUAUUAUAACUGCAGGAACAUUCAUAGCUGCCAUAGGCGAUCUUGAUUUCGAUCUGAAAGGAUAUGUAUAUGGGGUAUUAAGUAUCGUAUCACAAGCACUUUAUCUCAUCACUCUUCAGCGAUUGGAUAUGGAACACAAUAUCGGUGCACUGAGCAUAUCAUAUAUAAAUAGCAUCAAUUGUUUACCAGUCAUGGCUUUAAUAGUAAUUUGCACAGGUGAAAUCAACUCUAUAGUUACAUUUGAACAUUGGCACAAUCCUGGAUUCAUAAUUUCAUUCAUUGCGUUAGUUUUAUAUGGAUGCUUAUUUACAUAUUCUAUGUUUCUAUGCACAACUGUUAACUCCGCUCUUACAACUGCAUUAGUAGGAGUGGCUAAAAGUGCAAUUACAACGAUGGUUGGAAUGUAUACAUUUGGUGGUGUGACUGCCACAGCAUUGAUGAUAGUUGGACAAAUUGUAAAUUUAAGUGGAGCUGUUUUGUAUACUUAUGAAAAAUACAGAAUGAAAAUGGCAAGAAAGGAAAAAAUAAAACCUACACUUUCAUCAAAAAUGCUAGAUUUGGGACAUGAUCUUAAAUCUGACUCAGACUUGUUUAAAUUAGUUGAGGUAAGCGUACACAAUCAAAAUUUAAAUGGUGGUAUACCAUCUUCUCACAAUCCUGCACCUUACACUAAGAACGGACAUGUCAAUAUUCAUCAUGAUGUCAAAUUUUCUUGAGAAUAUAUUACCCUCAGCUACAGAUGCACAAAAUAUUAUUUUACGCCUACUUUAAUUUUUAUGGUACUUGAGAAAGUUGUUCAAUUUUAUUAUAAUGGUCCAAGACUAAAUUGCUGCUCUACAAAAAAUUUUUCUAAAUAUUUGAUUUUAAAGUAUAUCAAAUUUUAUUUUGGUACGUCAAUGAUUAAAAAUCAGAAUUUUUGAAUUAUUCAUGCAUAAGCAUCAUUCGUAUCAUGCCUUAUAUGGCAUUGAUCACCAAUAAUCAUGAAAUACUGUGCCAUUUGUAUAUACCUAGUUCAUAUUUUUAUGCUUUUAUGAUAUUGUAGUUGGUGAUGCUAUUGCAGUCCUUAAUUCAUGUAAUUUUAUACUUUAUUCCAUUUUUAAAAACCUUGUGGCUUAUUUAUGUAUAUAUAUAUAGAGCGAGAGAGUGGCAAAACUGGCGACAUGUAUGAUGUUUUUAAAUAUGUUUGAAAUAUUUUGCGCUAUGUUUUAUAUAAUUCUCCUUCAGACUUUGUUGGGUUGAAAGGUAAUAUAUAAUUGUGUGAUAAGAUAAGGCGCUCCCACAGACAAGACAUUGUAUUCUUAUUUCAAUCCAUUUUCAUUAUCUUCUCUAUCACUACAAAAGAAGCUUAAAUUGAAGCAAACUUUUAUGUCGCACGGUUCUGGCCUUCCAACAUUUUAAACUUUAUGCUCUAAUAUGUUUUUGCACUUACCUUGCUUUCUUCCCUUUUCUUUUGUCCCUGUGUCUGGAAUAUUGUAUUCAUUAUGUCAAGUCCUGAUUUUGCUAUUUGUUGGUGUGCCAGACACUGGGACAAUAAUGCUCCAUCCAUUAUCAGCUGUAAAUAACCAUGGUAAUUGGUAAACCUUCUCUUUGAUAUUCCAAACUAUUCAUUUUACCAGUUCUGAGGUCAAUAUAACCUCCAAAACAAGCUCAUAUUGCAGUGUGUUCAUCAUUACAUGAUAUGCCCAUAUUUCUGGAAUCAUAGCACUUCAAUUUAGUAUAUUUAUUAUUAGAUAUCACUGUAUAUCAUACAUAACACCAUACCAUUUUUUGUGGAUCUGAUGUUGCAUUUCACCUGACCCUAGUCAGUGUAACCAAAUAUUGAAUUCUCCAAGUCAAACCGAAUCUAGAUAUGAAACUAUAUUGUGAAGAAUUUCAUACUGUCAUUUAGCCUUCGCUUGAAUAAAUAUUAAAUAGGCA